UUUUAAUAUAAAUAUCGAAUAUCGAAAUGUGAAAUCAAAUAUAGAGAGUGAAAAUGACAAUCAUUUGUGGUCAGUGACUCCAAUUCUUGGAAUCAAAUUCUUCUUUCAUUCAUUUACUUUGCAACUUGUGUUGUCAGCAUAUUGUUGAUUCUCCUGAAAAAUUCCAACACUCUUUUUUUGUUAGAUUCUAAAAUUUUCUUGAAGUUCAGUAUCUUAAUGUUUGAGGGAAGUGUCAAAGAUUUGAUUUUUAUUUGACAGUAAAGAGAGAAAACCAGUGUUAAAGAUUGUGUCUUGUUAAUGGAACUGGUAGCUUACUCUGACCCCAUGACUGAAUCAAGAAACUCUAGCCCACCAUGGCAAGAAAUGUUUCGAUCUGCUGCAAUGAAGAAAACUGACCAACAAACAAAGAAUCAUGGCUCCCCACAGACUCCUCCCAAAACCCCAGAAGCCAAAGACCAACAAGUUCACAACUUUUUAUCAGAUGAAGCUCAGGUACGCUUCGCACUCUAUAUAGCGAUGGCUCAUGCUGGUCUUGCUUUCACAAUUUUCAGUCUUUAUGCUGUUGGCAAAUUGCUUGAAGAAUAUUUAAGGCCUAUUUUGUGGGCUGUGCUUUGUUCAAUACCUUUAAGAGGAAUUCAGCAAGCCCUUGUUGCAUUUUGGUCUGAACCUUUAAAGCUAGGCCUCACAGAGACCAUUAUGGCGAUCCCAGUUGCUGUAUUCAGGAUUUUUGUUGGAACCCUUGUUGAUAUCAGGGAAAUGAUUUUCAGAGUUGUUCUACGGAGACAGAAAGGUAGUGCUUUGAAGCGUAAUCGAAGUGGAUUUUUUAUGUUGUUGAGGUGGCUAGUUUCAUUUUGGGUGUUUGUGAUGGCAUAUGAGCAAAUUGGUCUCUUUGGAUCAGUUGCUCUUCUUGCUUUGGGGUUUAUGUUUCCUGUUAACAGUGUGGAGUCUACGAUGGAUGCAGUAACGUCUUUCAGGAGUCAUAGUUUUCGUAGACUGUCGAUAUCUGCUUUCUUCACUAGAGGGAUAUUGAAAAGAUUGAAAACCAUUGUGGCGGUAGGACUUAUUAUUGGGCUGAGCGUAGGUUCUUUGGCAGGUACAAUUUUCUUCUCUUAUGAGAUUGGAAUUGAAGGAAAAGACGCUGUUAUUGCGUUGAAAUCACGUGUAGAGGAGAGUAAUUAUGCUGAGAAAAUUGGUGUCAAACAAUGGAUGGAUGAAAAUGAUGUCCCUGCUAUGGUCGAUAAGUACAGUAGUCAACUGUAUGAGACUGUAUUCUACCAGCUAGAUAGCUAUGCUAAGCAGUAUAAUAUGACUGAGUUUGUUUCCGGGAUCAAACAUUUUAUCACAACUCCGGUGAAUAGUUCUUUUGAGCGGUCUACAGCUUUAUCAUCCCGCUCUAGAUACACUAAGAAGAUCAUGAGCAUAAAAAGGAGGAUUAAGGAUCGCGAAUGGAAACAAAUGUAUACAGAAAUGGACGCGUUUUUCAAAGAAUUGUUGAUCACUAGAAAGGACUUGGUUGAAAAGGCAAAAGGAUUUGCCCUUCAAGGAGCAAAUGUAAUGCAAGGAGUAAUUAUUACUAGCACAUCUCUUUUAGGUAGCAGUAUGCAGGUCAUGUUUUCGAUUGGAAAUUCUAUACUUUCAGGAGCUGCAGGUCUUUUCAAUUUCGUGUCUCAGUCGAUGGUGUUCUUUUGGGUACUUUAUUAUCUUAUCACAUCGGAGUCUGGAGGAGCAACGGAACAAGUAAUAUGUAUGCUUCCAAUACCGCAUUCUGCAAGAACUCGAUGUGUUGAAGUUCUUGAUAAAGCAAUAUCUGGUGUCAUUUUAGCUACUGCUGAGAUUGCAUUCUUUCAGGGAUGCCUGACUUGGCUCUUGUUUAGAUUAUACUCGAUACAUUUUCUGUACAUGUCGACUGUUCUUGCAUUUAUAAGUCCUUUGUUUCCGAUAUUCCCUACGUGGCUUUCAACUAUCCCAACAGCAUUACAGUUGGUGUUUGAAGGUCGAUACAUGUUGGCGAUCAGUUUAUCCUUUAUCCAUCUUGUGCUUAUGGAUUAUGGUACUUCGGAAAUUCAAGAUGAUAUCCCUGGCUAUAGUGCAUAUCUCACUGGUCUCAGCAUCAUCGGCGGAAUGACACUGUGCUCUUCAGCAAUUGAGGGAGCAAUAAUGGGUCCGCUAAUAACUACUGUUGUGAUUGGAAUCAAAGAUUUGUAUGUCGAGUUUGUACUGGAAGCACAGAAGGAAUAAACAGAACUAACUCGAAUGUUGUCUCCUACAUGCAUUCAAAACCUCUUGUACUGCAACUUAGCUUGAUUCGCGAAGUGUUACAAUGGAACACUGAAUCUUUUUUCGCGGAUCAAUGGUUGGAUUUGGUUCUCCCUGUGGUGGACUGUCUGUGUUCUCUGCAAAUUGGCUCGACAUAUAUGUAUGUUUUCAACAAUCUGUCAAUUCGUCUUCCUCUGCAAAUUGGCUCGAGGUCUUAUGUAUGUACCCAAAAUCUGUCAAUAUGUGUGUGUAUUUUUUCAAGCUCUUCAGUUACUGUAUAUUUAUAUGUAGUAUCACUUUUCUGAAUAUCUUAUUGUAUGAAGAGUGAGUUAUUUUCCAUCA